GAGCCGUUGCAUCUUCUGGUGCAAGGCAUGCGGCAACUUCAACAAGCCUACAUAGGCAAGUCCGAUGCUAAGGACUCUGAGUUAAAGGGGACCGUGGAGGUCCCAGAGAUGCCGGACACUGGUCCGGAGGCCUCGGUGGCCUUUGCCGAUUGGCUCUACGAGGUGGAACAAGCCAUCGGCAGUUUGUCGGACAAGGCUUCGACGUGGUUUUCAGCUUGUCUGGAGGUGGCGAGGCAAGCCUAUGCUGAGUAUACCUUGGCGUCUCCUCUGAAUCGCUUGGCAAUGAAACCCGUCAUUCCCGACACCUUGAAGGAGGAGAAGUGGGCGCGACUGGAGAGAAAGGUGAUGACAUUGCUCCUUGGGUCCAUGAAGAAACCGGCGAAGGAGGACGCAGUGACACACCGCAUCCUGGACGUUCCCUCUUUGCUCUUCAGACUUCACGUGCUAUAUCAGCCUGGCGGGGUAUCAGAAAGGGCAGCUGUCCUCAAACAUUUAGAGGGGAAGCCGAUCGGGGAGGAUGUUCAUGAAUGUGUAGCUGCUCUUCGUAAAUGGCGAAGGUAUCUGGAGCGAGCGGAGGCCAUGCAUGUGUCUGUCCCUGACUCCUCCAUCCUUUUGAGGGCCCUGGAGACCAUGAUAAAGAAAGUUCUGCAAGCCCACCCCGAAGUGAAGUUCAGAAUUGACCUCACCAAGAAUGAACUUCAGCUCCAAGGUAGACCGACUUUAGAGGCUGUGCUCCGCUUUUACACGCAUGUCCUUGCCGAGCUCCAGAUGAUUGCACCGGUGGCCGCAGACACGGCCGCUCCCUCUAUCAAGGCCAUCGGCACUGGACAAUCUGGAGGAACGGGAGGACAAGAAAGCACGCUGCUGGGAGUGUGGAAGUACUGCUCAUCUGCUCAUCGCAGGAAUGAAUGCCCAGUGGUAGCCUCAAAGAAUGGCAGGUCGGGUAAGCCUCAGAGCAAGCCUGACAAUCGGCCAGCCUCCUCCUCAGCUUCGGUGACUUUGCAUUCAGAGGUUUCAGAUGGUUCUCCGGUAAGAAGGCAGCAGGCCAUUUUGGAGUCAAUUCAAGCUGUUCAGCAAGCGGUAGAAGGAGCCUCGAGUACGCCCUCGCAGUCUACGCCUCUCCAACCUGUAAAUCCCCAGCCUUCGGGAUCGGCUGCGCCAUCUGCUACUCAGAAUCCCACCGAAUCCGAUGUCAAGGAGCUUCUCAAGGAGGCCAACGCCAUGCUUAGCAAGCUUACCAAACUCCAGGCGUUGGAAGUAAAGACUAACCAGAGCCUUGGCGAACUCAGCGCAGCGAUUAAGGCUGCUGGGUUGGACUCGGAGGACGGGUUUGCCCUGCUGGACUCUGGAGCCUCACAUGCUUUCAAGAAGGCAGCUCCUGGUGAUGUGGAGCAAGCUUCUCCUGUUAGGGUGGAGCUGGCUGGUGGGCAAUAUGUAACCCUUAAGCAGAACAGGGCAGGAACGCUCUUGGCUGCUGCAGAUGACCCCAGUGCGGCCAAUGCAACACCGAUCCUGCCCCUUGGAGCCUUGGUUCAAGAGUUGGGAUGUGAUCUCACCUGGACGCGCAAGGGUGGCCUCAAGGUUGUUCAUCCGCAGUUUGGAGUUCUCCGGACCUUUGUGAAGGGCAACCAUCCUAUGUUAGUUGAAACGCAGGCCUUGGAGAUUAUUUCGCAACUUGAGGAUCUGCAACUUCGAGCCCUGGAAACCCAGACCGCGGAGACCUUCGUUCGCACCUUGGAUGUGGAAGAGACUAAGUCAUGGGACUUCAUGUUGAGCAAGUUUGUGGCGACAGGGUCGAGGGAAUGUAUGCUGGAAGCUUUGUCGUCUGAGCAGUCGCCUCUUGGAGUUCUUUCUCAGGAUGUACUUUCGCUUGCGGCGGUCCAUGUGGGGUUAGACGACAGGCAAGGGUGGAAAUAUCUCAAGGCGCUCCCUCUGAAUAGGAGCAUGCGUAAGGCUCUGAUGACGAGAAGAUGGAUUGUAAGGCUAUACCGCCGAGAAGGAGAAGCAGAUCUCCAAGUCAGCAACUCCGAGAAUGCUGUAACGGUGGACUGCAAUGUUGCCAGAAGCAAGCGCUUCUCUUUGAAGGGUGACAGUGCCAUGUACAAGGCGUUGGUCUGGGCAGCCGCUCGAGGGCAGGUUGAGGGUGUCUUUGGCAGCCCUCCUGUUAAUGAUGGUUCCGAGCUCCUGGCCAAACAACUUCUCCUCUGGAUGAUUGCUCGGCAAGGGGCGGUCAUGCAUGGAAGCUUUCCUCCAUAUCUCCUCCUGGGAUCAACACCGGCGAGCUCCUUGUGGAAGUCCAACAUGUGGGACGUCUUUAGGCGAGAGUAUCACGUUCCCAUGAUGCACGUAGAGACCCCAGAGGAUGGAUCUAACUACUUGAUUGCAACAAACCUUGCCAUGAGAGGUGGUCUCCUUGCUCCUGAUGGUGUUGGAGCUCCUGAAGGUUUGACUACGAAGGCGUGGCCAAAUGUUUGGAGACUUCCGUUUCAGUAUGCCUUCGGUGUGGCAGUGGACAGGUGGCGCCUUCGACCGGAGGAGAUGUUCUUGGGGUACAUGCUUCACAAGUUGGAUUCGGAUGCUCCUUGGUCGGACAAAGACCUACGGUACUGGAGGCGGCAUGUGGCCAACGGCCAUGUGCCAUUCGAUCGGCGAUGCAAGACGUGCAUCCAGACUGCUGCCACCGGCAGAGCUCACCGCAGGAUCAUUGCACCGUCUUGUUAUACGUUGUCUCUGGAUGUGUGCGGACCCUUCAGGAAGAAGGGCGAGUAUGGCGGAUCAAAGGGGUUCAGGUAUGCGCUGAUUGGGACGUACCUGAUGCCCAAACUCUCCGUGUACAAGGAUGUUCCAAUCCCUGAGGAGCCAGAGAUUUCUUCGGAUGCUGAAGGCCAAGAGGAUUUUUUGGAUGAGCAAGGACCUGCAGAUCCACCUUUAGAUCCCGAAGAUCAAGAAGAUCUAGAGAAAUCCAACAAGCGGUUCCAGGCCCUGUACAAGGAGGUUGGUGAUACCAUGGAGUACCAAACUCUUCACUAUGCUGUUCCUUUGAAGACUCGGUUAACCCCGGAGAUUGAAGAUGCGGUGAAGCACGUUUACCUCCAGCUCCGUUCAGAAGGGCUUCCAGUGACAAGGGUUCAUUCAGACCGAGCUCGUGAGCUUCGAGGGAGUAGGCUUCGCGCGUGGCUGCUUCAUAGAGAUGUGCUUCCCACCACUGGGGAGGCGCAGGCACCGCAAACAAAUGGAAGAGCUGAGGCAGGAGUCAAACGGGCCAAGGUUCGCACAAAAACUCUUCUUCGAGCGGCUGGCCUGGAUACAUCGUGUUGGCCCUUUGCCAUGGCGUUUGCGGCCUUCCAGCAGCGCGAGUGUGCUUUAGGCAGAGAUCGAGCUCUGAUUCCCUUUGGAUCGCCUGUGCUGGUAAAGAACAAGGUCUAUGGAACUGGAGGCCACUUUGACUUGGACGAGAGGUGGCAGGGAGGCGUCUAUGUGGGUCCUUCGCACGAGCUUCGGCAGGGUCAUGUGGUACGCUUUCCAACUGGCGAGUUUUCCUAUGCCUUCACGGAGGGUGACUGGAAAGAGGACAUCAUGAAGCAGCAGGUGUUUGGACAGAUGAAGAAGGACCAGCUGUUCGGUUUCUUGGUGGGCAUGGACCGUGUCUCAUGGCGUAUAAGGGCUUUGAGACCGUUGUCGGAUCCAGAACGUAGGGCAGAAGAGCUAGCAGAGUCCUACCUGAAGGCUGGGAUCAUGAGCACAGGUUUGGUCAUGCAGCUUUUUGAAACCUUGGAGGAAGUUCAGCAGUUGUUUUCCAGAGCAAAGAGACGUAAGCCGAGAGGGAAAGCAACGAGCUGGGCAACUGGUGCCUUUACGCAUGGUGGUGUGUCUGGAUUGCGUGACGGGGCUAAAAGACUUCCUAAUGUAUCCAAGUUCCUGGCAAAGUUUGCUCGAGAAGUUAUGGGUGCCGAGCAGUUUGCGACCAUAGUUGUUCAGCGAAAUGGCGGAGGGCAAGUUCACUGUGAUUCCCAUAAUUUCCCUGGGUCACGAAAUUGGUUGUGCCCUCUGACGUCCUUUGAAGGUGGAGGGCUAUGGGCUCAGCUAGAGAAUGAGGAGAGCCUCAAAGAGGGUGAGGAAGUUGUGGUUAAGGAAGUAAAGCCUGGCUAUGAGCUGAAGGGGAAGAUUGUGAAGACUGUAAAGGGCAGGGCGUUCUCCCUUGAUCCUCGAAGGUGGCAUGAAGUUCAGCCUCAUGAAGGAGAAAGGGUUAUGAUCAUCGCUUACACCCCCAGGCUUUCCAACCUUGACCCGGGGCAUGCAGCGUACUUGAAGGAUCUUGGUUUCCGUCCUUUUGGUGAGGAGGAGACGGUCUGUGAGGUUGCCUGCAGAGAUGCUUUAGAGGGCGACUGUGCGUCUUCGCUGCUUGUUCUCAACGAGACUCACUACCAGCUUCUUGAGGACCUACAAGAAAGAAGCCGUUCGUUGAGAUUCCUUAUGGAAGAGGAACACAUGUUGGCGGAGGAUCUGCGUCAAGCAGGUAAGCUUGUCGAGGAGGAGUCAGAGAGGGUGCAGCAGAGCAUUGAGGGGAUGCUUAAGCAAGCAUCAAGCCGCCUUUCAAGACAAGACCGGGCCAUGCUUAAGGUGUGUUUGAGAGCAGCAUCCGAAUCCAUGGAGCCGGACUAUGAGCAGCUCCUUGAGUCCCUGGAGGGUGAUCUUCAAGUUGUUCACACAGUACCCCUGAGCCAGGUCAAGCUGGUCGUUGAUAGGUGGCAUGCGGCAAUUCGCAAGGAACUUGACAACUUGUUCGACGGCGGAACCCUGGUGGAGAUAAGUCGUGAAGAAGCACGACGCCUAGAACGUCAAGGACUUUUGCGCUUAGUACCUAGCAAGGGCGUGCAUACAUUGAAACCUCCAGGUCCCAAGGAUGUGAAGUACAAGCGGAAAUAUCGCCUUGUGUUGUGCGGCAAUUUCGCUGCGCCUGAAGAGCAGUUCGGCUCUUUGUAUGCUGGAGGCGCUUCAGCAGAAACGUUUCGAACUGUGUUGGCGAUAGCGGCUCACAGAGGGUGGUGGGGGGCAACGGCCGACAUAAGCGGGGCCUUCCUCCUUGCGCCCUGGCCAGAAGACCUCCACAAAUACGCAGUUGUGCCGCCGAGGUUGUUGACCGACAAUGGAUACAUCUCGGAAGAUGCCUUUCUCCUUGUUCUCAGGCCGCUGUACGGUCUUCGUGAGUCCCCUGCGAUAUGGGCAGCUUACCGCUCCUCCAGGUUGUCUCAAGCCAGGAUCCUCUAUGGCAGCAAGUACCUGGUUCUCAGAGUGUCAGCAGUGGACCCUGAGUUGUGGUUCAUUUUCUUUGAGAAUGAGGAGGGCUUAGAAGGAUGUAUCAUAACGUAUGUGGAUGACCUCUUCUAUGUCUCCAGGACCGAGAUCGUUACUGCGGUUCAUGCUUGGGUUCUUGAGGAGUGGCCAUGCAGCGCUCUAGAAUGGGCUUCAGCAUCUGGUGGCACGCGCUACUUGGGUAUGGAAGUCUUUCAACGGGCAUCCGGGGUCUUCGAAAUCCAUCAAAAGGGGUACAUUCUUGAUCUCCUUCGUGCUCAUGGCCUGCAAGAUGCUCCUGGAACUUUGCUGCCCUGCCCAAAGGAGUGGGUAAUGGAUGAUGUCUCCAGCGAACCAGAAGACUUUUCUGAAGCUGAUUUGCGCUUUGGACAAAGGAUGGUUGGUGAGCAGCUCUGGUUGACGAUGAGAUGCAGGCCAGACCUUCAGUUUGUUGUGGGGCAUAUGGCCCAAUGGGUUGCUCGGCAUCCAAAGAGGGUGGCACGAAUAGCGAGACGGGUGCUCUCCUACCUGGCAUCUACCAUGGAGCUCAAGUUAGUGCUGGGGGACAACGGCGGCAAGGUCAACACACAUAGCAGCAGCAGCAGCAACACUUCCCACAAGCAACCAAAAGAGGUAUCUCUAGUAGGAUAUAGUGAUUCCAGCUUCGCGCCUUAUGGGGAUAGGUCGUAUGGUGCAUCGGUGAUAACUAUCAACGGCGCACCGGUUGCCUGGAAAUCAGGCAAGCAGAGCUUGAUAACCCUUUCAACGAUGGAGUCUGAACUACUGGAGGCCACUACUGCAGCGGUUUUACUGGAAAGUGUUGGGGUCCUCUUGGAUGAGAUCAUAGGCUAUCGUGUUCAUCGUCUUCUUAGAGUGGACAACUCUGCCGCCACGGCUAUGCUUCUUGGUGGCGCAGGAAGCUGGCGGACAAGACACUUGAAAGUAAGAAGUGGUUACCUUCGAGAACAGGUAGCGCGCGGCUUCAUGCAAGUGGAGUACACCGAGGGUCGUUUUCAGCUGGCGGACCUUGCCACGAAGAUGCAUCCUCGUGCUAGACUUCUUGAUCUUCUGAGUCAAUGGGGCUUUGAAGGAAUGACGCCUGAGGAUGUGUGUCUCAAGCUAGCGAGGGCGGUGGCGUUGCGUUGUAUCAUGGUGGCUUUGGAACGGCUUCCGCAAGCGGCUGGUUCAGAGCCCGAGGAGGAGACCAAGGCCCCUUUGCCUUCGUCUGGAGUGGACGAGCUGCUUAUGGUCUCUGGAGUGGUUGCUCUGUUGGCUGUCUUUGUGUGGGAGCUUGUGAAGUGGUGCGUCAGAUGCUUCAAGAAGGCUGCCAAGAAGGAGUCUAAGUUGAGGCGUUUGCGGGAGCUGGCUCGUUUGACUGCAGAGUUAGAAAUUGAAAGACUCGAAGAACGACAUCAAACGACGCCUCCUGAAGUUCAAGAGGUUCAAGGAGCAGUUCAGACAGCUUUGGCAGGGCAUGGCAAUGUGACUCCGCAUAGGCAUGUGAGAAGUGGUCCUCAAACGAUGGAAUCACCCCAGAUGCCUUCAUCAGUUGGCGUUCCACAAGAGCCCCAGCCAAGGAGUUCUCCAGGUGGAUUCAGCUCUGCCUCGUCUGUGGGUGAUGAUACCAUCGGGUCUCUGGACCGCGAGCGGCUCUGCAGGGACGUUUUGUCACUUAUGACUUGCGAAGAGUUGAAGGCUGGGCUUCGUGCGGAAGGACUAACGGUUUCGGGCUUGAAGCCAGAGCUGGUUGCCAGGCUUGCUAUCAGACUUGUCCCUCAGGAACAUUUCGAGGUUCCAGGCAGGACCCUCCCAACAGAUCGUCAAAUCAAGUAUGUUCUGUUGCUAUGGAAGCACAAACGUCUUCAGAUGAAGUGUCAGCUUCGGUGGUGUGAUCUUGUGAAUAGGGAGAACAUAUCGAACUGGAUUCGUCUUUGGAAGGACAGUUAG